AUGGCAACCGCAAUUUUCGAAGAGGCAAGCAUAAACAUGUGUUUUUGAGAAUCAUUUGUGACCUUUUUCCAGCGUUUUGCACAAUCAGCGCACAUAAAAGUUUUGAAAACUGACGAUUUACCGUGCUUCGAAUGUCCGCAAAAAGUCGAUGAAAGGCGGAAGCGAUUUUUGAAGCGAAUCGAUCCGUGCCGACUGUUUCCGUACUGGGAUGAAUGCGGAAAAGUGAGAAAAGUGGAAAUGUAAAUCACAAAUGUGUGUGUGUGUUCUGAUAAACAUUUACUUUUGCACAAAUAAAGUUUUGCCACCUCACACAUUUUUGCUCACUGAUAAACGACACAAUCGAAAAUUGUCUUUUCUCUUAUCAAUUUCAGUGCAGACACACCCUUCUCGAGCCCCCAUUUUUCUCCCUUUUAUACUGUUUUUUUUUUCAAAAUAUUCCCAAAAUUUCAGUAGUUCAAGAUGAAACUACGCCUUCUCCUCGCGCUUUUUUUGGCCCUUUUCACAGGUGGUUUGUCUCAAAAUUCGGCUUGUCCGUCGUUUUUCGAUGGAGCCGAUUGCUCGGAAAUUGAGUGCUUGAACGGAGGAUAUCGUUCUCCGGGACAGAAUUAUUGUACCUGUCCGCCCGGAUAUUUGGGCAUUCACUGCGAAGCCGGUAUUGAAAAAUAGACUAGCAAGCUAAUAUAUAUAUCGAUUAUUGAUUACAGUGAAACAGUCUCAACCGCCGGACAAUCACUUCAAAGCCAGCCGGACUUCGUUCAAUAUUAUCAACGUCAACUUGUUCACCCAAUUCUGGGGCGUCAAAACUUAUUCCAAUAUUGUCCAGGUACCUAUAACGCUUGAUAUUAAGCCUGUUAACUUCAAAUUGUCAAUUCAGGGCUUGGCUAAUCAUUUUUCGGCUUUUCCAAACGGAUAUGACAACUAUAACCUGCUGCAAACCAACAGUUCGCCUUAUUUGGACUUUACAGAACAACCCGUUCUGGAUAGUAAGACACUAUUUCUCAGAAUCUCUGUAGACCUGUAUGUGGUUACAGUUCAAUUCGCCGAUGUCGUUACGAGCAAGGAGUUUGGCGUGUCUGCCGCAGUUGACACGGGACUGUACUGGUGUUACCAAGUGCCCAUCUACGAGCAGAUCGUCAGUCUGAUCCGGUCGGCGUCGUUGCGAAACACGGUCAUCUCGAUCGUCACCCAACAUCCUCCGAGCUCCGACGGCUUCGCAGACGCUCGCGAGACGGCGUUGGCGUUCGGAGUUCGCGUCAAUGUGCUCUGGAUCAGCGACAAGACUUUUAUGCGUUGCGAUCCGGACGAAGUGACCGCGUUCAAGAGUUUCGUGGAUAUCACCGGAGGACUGUUCGUGCAGUUGCGAGCAAAAGAUGGCGAUGUGGACACUCAGACGGUAAUCCGGGAUUCUGGGUUACUGUAGGCAUGACAACUCAUUUCAGCUGAUCACUCAAGUGCUUCAAACGCACUACAAGCCGCAAUACGUGUCAAUUCAAUCGUUUCCGGAUUGCUCGGGAGCCGGAAACUCAGUGCCAGUGGUCAUUGAUCCGAACGUUCAGGGACCGUACAACUUUUUCUUUCUGGGAGGUAAGCGAUCGUCCGUCCGUACACCCGCAAUCGAUGCAAUUCAGACAACGCGAACCCGUCGCAGUCCUCGUUCGUCUCGUGCUUUCUCCGCCAGCCGGUCCGCUCGUUCGACAACCAGUUGGCCGUGUUCCAGAGUCCCGAUCCGACGUGCUCCUCGCUCAACAUCACCACCUCCUCCGGCUCUUGCACCGCCAUCGUUUUCACCAACGCCGCCCCGAGCGGUCCUCUGGAUCUGGCCAUUUACACCACUUAUGUCGAAGAUCAGUCCAUCGACUCUUCCCGUUACGCCAUCAUCGAAUCGGUCCCCUUCUAUCCCGCUUUCCACGUGGAAGCUGCCACUUCUAGUAGCGGCUCCCAAGUCAUUGUCAACUCGAUUUCGAGUUCUUUUGACUCUUCCUGGAGCCCGACGCUUUCUCAGCGAGUUCCUGCUGCUUUCGAGUGGAUUCCAAGUGUACGACUCCCAUUUUUUAGUUAAUCCUAAAGUAAUCUUCUUUCCAGAAGCCGGUCACCUGUGACGCCACUCAAACCUACUCCUUGUUCCUCAAUAUCUCUGUCGAUUCGACCAUCAUCCAGAGAUCCGUGCGAGUUGCCUGCGUGGCAAUUCCGACCGCAACCACACAAUCGUCAACCACUGGUUCCACCGGUUCCACCAGUUUCAUCAGUUCCACCGAUUCCUCAACUGCUGCCCCAACCAGCUCUCUGUCAAGCUCCACGAGCUUCGGCACGACAACCGAAGAGCCAGAGUACUGUGACGUCGGCGAGAACGCCGCCACGUUCGUGUUCGCCUACUCGACCGAACUCAAUCAGGACACUAACGCUCUUGUGCGCAACACAAUCAUCCAAGCCAUCUCGAGCAAUCAGAACAAUUACACGAAGCUCGGAAAUGUGCUAACCGAUACGGCGGCCGGCGUGAGUAUUGUGUACACUGAAUCGGCUCUGUAAGUUUGCCUCUUUUCGAACUUAAAAACCAAACAGUCUUUCAGAGAUUUUUCCACUUCUUGCCUAGCGAUGCCGCCCAACGCCACACUGAAGGCUGCCGACAAUGUCGCUUCGGAUGCUCUCAAUGUGCUCCGCGACUUCUUGGCGGCUAGCCCCACGACUCGUAGACUUGAAGGAUCAAUGAUAGUGCUGCUGGUGAAUCGUCUGCCGAAGGUCGGGGACGAUUUGACCGACGAGCAGUACGAUCAGUUGACCAACAACAAUGUCAAGGUGUUCGCGAUCAUCAGCCACGCCUCGUUGAUCGACGAAUCGAUGAUCGGCAGAAGCGGCGCCGUGCUCAACAGAAUCGCCGCUCAGACAAACGGACAUUACGUGGCGGUCAGCGAAGUCGUCGGACGAGAUGGCAAUUCCGACUUCAACAGAGUCAGUGCCACGCUCAUGAACACCGCCUACAUCCAGAAUCUGAUCUUCACUCGGAACAUCGGAGUCAAUCGGCCCGGCACGGAUCUCGGAGUGCUGCGGGUGCCGAGCUCGCCGACCGGAAAGGUUACGCUCACUAUUACAGCAUCGUUCUCGGCUGUGGAUGGUAGGGGGAUGGUCUGAAAGUUGAAGAUGUUGAUUACGAAAUUUCAGUGAACGUACCUCAACCUCCAUCGACACUUUUAUUGGGCUUCCUACCCAAUGGCAACGCGACAAAGACCAUUUCCAUCGACUUUUUGGAUAGAAAUGUAGCUACUUCCUAUGUGAGUCCUCCUCUGAAGGCUUUUCUGAUGACUGGAUGAUAUUGUAGAACCGUUUCAGGAUAACGCGAACUUCUACACAACUACAAUCGAGCUGGAGGCCGGCUACAAUCGCGAGCUGUUUCUCAAAUACGUGCCAGGGCCCGAUCAGAGCGACCUUCUCAUCCGAAUGUGGACUGUCAAGUGGGUUUCAUGGAGGUGCGCUCAUUAUUGAACUUUUUUGCAAUUCCAGCGACGCCUACCAUCAUGUUGGCUACGUGGGAUUCGAUGAGCUGAACGGUUUUGAUGAGCUCGCCAAAGUUGAUGAAUACGUGGGAGCCGCGUUGAGAGUCAAGCUCUACAAUGACUGCUAUUCCGACAAAACAGUGUGUAACAGUUGGAGGCGCCACGGUCUCCAGAGCUGACAGCGAUACAUUGGCGCGAAAUUCAAAUUUUAACAGCAACAUUUGUGUUUUUUUGCCAGAUUAGCCACGAAAAACCGAUAAUUUCUCAUUUUUCUCUCGAUAGACCGAUUGUAUAGGCUAUUACGAAUUUUUUAAGCGCAAGAGCGUUAAAUUUGGUCAAGUCGCAAAUCACAUUUAUUCGUUUAAAGGUUUUUCACUAAAACUGCGUGAAUUUCAGUUGCUUUUCGGUAAUUUUCGCGGUUCGAGCGCUCAAAAUGCUUGUAUUUACGUAAUUUAUCAUUCUCAAAACCAAUUCUGUCUGAAAACGGUCAAGAAAGCGCAAAAUGAGAAGUGCGGCGAACGGCGGCGAAGGCGAAAAAGCGAAAUCCGCGAAAAAUGCGCCAAAACGUCAUUAAUUCUGAGAAUUAGUGUGUUUUCAUGUCGAACAAUCAUUUUUCAUCGCCUUUGACCACAAAAAUCAGAGAAAACCUGCUCAAUUCAUGAAAACGACAUUUGACCGAGGCCACGCCAAUAUUUUCAGCUCUGGAGACCGUGAGGCGUUCAAAAAAUGUGCUCUAUUAAACGUUUCAGGCGACCCUACUGAUUACGGAUUGCAAUGGUAAAGUGAGCGCAAAGUACGAUGCGGAUCAGGCGGUCCCAAUCGACAAUGUGUGGACCGACGAAGGCAGUUACCCGCACUUUCCGUUCGUCCCGUUCUUCUGCGACUCGAAGCCCGGCGCGGCGACUUGUGUCGACGGUGCCGACAGUAAAUACGACGCGCAGUUCGUGUCCGCCGGCUUUUCGAUCACUCGGAGCUUCCAGUGCCGACCCGGCACCGGAGGCGUCAACUCGAAUUGUCAGUUGAAGGACUCGAAUGGCAACUAUCAGUGCGCGGGAACAGUGCCGUUCAAGCGAGGACCCACCGGCAACCUGACCGACUGCUCGAACCACGGCCAUUUGGAGCUCGUCAGAGAGUCUGACGAUCCGGAUCAAGAGAUUCCGUUCUAUGGAUGCAUUUGCGAUGAUGGGUAUAGCGGAAAGUCGUGUGAACAGGUCAAUUGCACAUCAAAGAGCACUGAUUAUCUGGCAAUCGAUAAUAGUUAUCAUACCUACACAGUGGUGCUCGGAUUGGAGGUGUCCAACUCGCUGACGCUAGUGCUCGAAGACGCGCAGACCUACUUCGGACUGUCCGGAUUAUUGCCUGUUGACCUGAAGACGGUUUGGAAGUAUCAGUUGAUCACCUACUGUGCAGAUGGAUACGGUAUUUUUUGAAACUAUUCGUGACUCGUUCAACUAUUUCUUUUCAGUCGACAUGAUCUACGCUGGUUCCGAUCUCCAGGCCUUCCAGAACUCUUUCGAGUUUACCACCUCUAUGCGCGCUUGCGACGCCGACGCCACCCCGGGAGCCGUUGACUUGACAUCCGUCUACAAAAAAGCAGUGGAAGGGGUCGGCCGGAACACGCGAGGCGUCAUUGUGUACUAUUCGGAAGUGUCCAAUCUACUCAACGUCACACUCGACGCGUUCGUGACUGCUUCGCAGGCCUACGAGCAACAAUUGUUUGUGUACGGACUCGAUGAGUCGAGCAGUUUGGUUCCGAUGAACGAUGGAAUUGCUCAGGCGGCGAUGACAACUGGCGGAUUCUUGAUCCAGUCGAUCAUCGAUCUGAAUGGAGUUAUUUCUCUGGAAAAGACGGUGAGUUCUUUUGCGAUCAAAAAUUGGGAACGGGGCGCCACGGUCUCCAGAGCUGAAAAUGGGUGCAAGUGCGCCCCGCCCAAUAGAGCGAUACAUUGGCGCGAAAUUCAAAUUUUAACAGCAAAAUUUGUGUUUUUUUGCCAGAUUAACCACGGAAAACCGAUAAUUUCUUAUUUCUCUCUCGAUAGACCGAUUGUAUAGGCUAUUACGAAUUUUUUAAGCGCAAGAGCGUUAAAUUUGGUCACGUCGCAAAUCACAUUUAUCCGUUUGAAGGUUUUUGGCUAAAACUGCGUGAAUUUCAGUCGCUUUUCGGUAGUUUUCGCGAUUCGAGCGCUCAAAAUGUUUGUAUUUACGUGAUUUAUCAUUCUCAAAAUCAAUUCUGUCUGAAAACGAUCAAGAAAGCGCAAAAUGAGAAGUGCGGCUUUUAGGAAAAAAAAACAAAAUUACGAAAAAGCGAAAUCCGCGAAAAAUGCGCCAAAACGUCAUUAAUUCUGAGAAUUAGUGUGUUUUCAUGUCGAACAUGCAUUUUUCAUCGCCGUUGACCACAAAAAUCAGAAUCAGAGAAACGCCCAUAUUGUCAGCUCUGGAGAUCGUGGGCGCGGCAAAAAACAUGAAUUGAACUUGAAAAUUCGACUUUUCAGUUCAUUCCCUCACUCUUGGCCUCUUCUUCAUCGAUCGCCUGGUAUUCUACCGCUCAAACCGACGAUUUCUCCUACUACACCUCCGCAGCAACCACGAACACUUACAUGUUCACAUGGAAGGCUAGCAUAGAUCUUGUGAACAGUAAGCCAUCCAUUUCCAUCACUUACACAACUAUUAUUCAGAGAACCCCGAUCUGUUGCGAAGCUGUGUGCAAGGCGUCGACACGUCGCUCUCCUGCCAGCUCACCGGUCAGACUAGCUACACGGUGAAGGGAAAUCUGGCGAGCGGCGCCUACUACGCGGCAGUCUACGUGCUCGACGACGUGGCUGCAAAGGCGCAAAUCAUUUCGGAUCUGUCGCGCGACAGCUCGAACGCCGUCUCCACGAGCACCUCGGAUACCCGAACGAUGCUGUCGAUCCGCGUGCCCGACGGUUAUACCGUUGUGGCGAACGACGCGGACGGAGGGGUGACGAGGAACGCGCAGAGGUCCGGAUGCUCGUUCGGUUGGACUGCCUACAGCAUCUUCGCCACUCAAAAGUACGCGGCCGGCGCCAAUGCCGCCAAAGUGACGCUUCAAAGCGCCGCUGGAUCCGGAUCCACCACAAAGUACACUCGUUUCUUCGCGUUCGGAACAUCCAGUGGCCCAGUGUGUCGGAACGGCGGCACCGCCGUCGUCUCCACUGGCUCGUGCGCGUGUCCCGAUGGUUUCCAAGGCCCCGACUGCUCCCUGGUCGUCUGUUCCCCUCAAAGUUCUGUGUCGAACGCGUGGUCGGAUGUAUGUGUAUGCUCGGCGAUCGAUGACGUGGCAUGCGCCAGCCAGUACACCUCGCCGAGUCUACUAUUCUAUUGAUCGAAUUGCAAGAACCGAAUAAAAAUGAAUGCUCUGUUUGUUGAAGAAUGUGACAAUAGUGGAGUGUCUUAUCACCUUUUUUCUUUUCGCUGUCUAUAUUUCAUAUUUCUACUGACUCGACUAUUCCAGAAACACCCAACACCUUGAAAAAGCUAAACAAAAACCAAAAAUUCAUAGGGCACCCAUUUUUCCAUUCAAUAACACAACUUUCAGAAUCGUUGAACUGUCAAACCCCACAAUGGACUUCAACGUUUUUCUUCGCCUACUCCUAUCAGCUAGACGUACAAUUGUACGACAAAGUGGUUCCGAUUGUCGUCGACGCGCUCAACAACAACUCGUACCGUGACAAUGUGCUCAGAGACGCCAUCAUCGAUGCGCCAUCGGAGACGAUUGAGCAGCCGAAGGAUAUUGAGUGAGUUUGCAAGUUUGCACAAUCGUCAAUCCAUUCGCUCCUUCAAUUUUCAGUGAAUUCUCGUCAAAUCUCGUGUCGAGUCCGCCUCGUCCCGUUCGGAACGUCGUCGGCGUGUCGAACGUGGCCGCCGUGCUUCAGUUGUUCUUCCCGACCGCCUCGGAAACGUCCGAGUACAGCGGAAAGACGACGAACUGGCUCGAAAACUCGGUGCUCUUGAUUCUUCCCACUUUUCUUCCAGUGAACACGAGCGCCGACUUGCCACCGGAAAACUACACAAGUCUUGUCAACAAAAACGUCAAAGUGUUCGUUGCGAUGAGUCGGGAGACGUUGGAAGAGCAGAAGAGCGCUUUGCAGAGCGCAGCCGAUUUGACGUUUUUCUUUCAGCUAGCCACUCGGACCAACGGUCACUUUAUCAUCUACCGAAGCGAGGAUGUUGAGAGGGUACACGAGUGUGGAAUUUAUUGGUCGAGUCAUUCGUUCCUUUUCAGAUUGUGGCCACAAUAAUGCGCGUCGGCUAUAGCAAAGACCUACUCUUUACUCGCAACUUUCGAGGACUUGAACAGCGUCCAGUAGAGCUCGGAACUUUGAGAACAGCCAACUCUAUCAGCGGCGGUAAACUCAAUUUCACAAUCACAAUGACUCAAUUAUCCGAUUCCAUCCCUUCCGGGUCUCGUUUUCUAAGUCUGUGCACCGAUGACGAGGCGUGUAUGGUUUUUGAGUGGGAUCCUUUGAAUCCGUUGACUUGUGUCAGUUCCCUUCCAUCCCGCCGAGUGUAUCGAUCAGUUUUGCAGGGAAACUCCUCCAACGUCUUCUGCUUGGACAUUUCGCUCACCGCCGACACCGUGUAUCGGGUAAAGUUCAGUGGCACAGCACAAGACGUUUCGCUUCGGAUCUGGACCGAUCGGGUGUUGUACCAGUACGCCGAGUACGUCGAUCUCGACUUCUAUCCGACCAACCCGGACGAUAAGGAAGGCGCGGCUCUCCGAAUGACCGUUCUUGACAAUUGUUAUCAGGAAGCUAGGGCCCGGGUGAGCAUUACUGACUGCUCAGGACUUGCUCGCAACAAGACCGAUGAGUUUCAAGUCUCCGGACGUCCCAUUGGAACGGAAGGAUCCUACCCGAAGUUCGCGUUUGUUCCCUACUUUUGCGAUGCUAGCACUUCAUCUGGUGCCUGCUAUCCGGGCACUGAGAACAAGUAUGAUGUGCAGGUGAGUGUGUUCGAACUUUUUCAACUAAAAACUUGUUCCUAGGUCACGACUGGUUCUUACUCUGUAACCCGUUCGUUCGAAUGUCUGCCCGGAAUAGAGCCACUCGAUCCGGAUUGUACACAAACCGAUCAGUACGGAAACGUUUAUUGUGCUCGGAAGCAGCUGCCCUACAAACGAGGACCCACCGGACAGUUGACCGACUGCUCUUCUCAUGGAGCAUUGCAAUUCGAUUCGAUCAACGCACAGGACUACGUGUGCGUCUGCGAUUCUGGAUAUUCGGGGGUGUCUUGUGAGAAAUCUGUCUGA